UCUGAUCGGACCUGACCGAGGUUUUCUAGUGAGUCAGAGGUUCAACAAACUGGACCAAGAGGAUUUAAAGGAUCCGACUGCAGGGCAGGAGGAACAUUCAGGAUCUCCACAGAGAAAGUAGGACAGCAGAAAGAUGAAGAGUCUUAGUUUAUUCCUCUGUCUGGUUUCUGUGGCCAUAACACAGGCUACGGUGUUGGACCCGCGAGGAGCCCGUCCGGUGGAGCAGGCUACCAGAGAUGAAAACUGUGCCACCCAGAAAGAUUGGCCUUUCUGCACAGACGAUGACUGGAACUCCAAAUGCCCGUCAGGCUGCAGGAUUCAGGGUCUGAUGGAAAAUAAUGACAAUGAGCUGCUGAGAAAGAUCGAGAAGAUCCGCAGCCUGCUGAAUCAGCACAAGACCAAGCAUAGCUCUGUCGACGUGGUGUCCAAGCAGACCUACGAGAUCCUGAGAGAGAAGCUCACCCUCGAUUCUGGCAAUGACGAAACCUACUAUACCAUGGCCCAGAGGCUGCGUCAGAGGAUCACAGACAUGAAGAUUAAGAUCGACAGACAGCAGAAGACUCUGGACGCCCUGAAGGAUCGGGUCAAAGACCAGGUGGUCGAAAUGCAGAAACUGGAGGUUGAUAUUGACAUGAAACUGCGCUCCUGCAAAGGAUCCUGCUCCGGUUACACAGAGUACCAGGUGGACAUGGAGAGUUACGUGGCCCUGGGCAAACAGCUGAGUCAGCUUGACUCUCGUGCAGCCCAGAGCGUCGAGUCAGUGGGGAAGCUGUACGUAAUGAAGAGCCGGCCCCUGAAGGAUGUGAUUGUUGACUCCAGAUUCAAAUCCAAGGAUGUGGCAGCUCAACAGAAGGAGGACAUGUUCACUCAGGUGAAUACAGUACAAUUUGUCUUAGAGGAGGAAGGCUCCAGCUCAUCUCCAGCCACCGUUUCCAAGGUCCCAGGUACUUCCCACUCAUCAUCUUCUUCUACAUCCUCGUCCUCUGGGACAUCCACUUCCGUAUCUUCGUCUAAAUCCAUCACUGAGCUCUCAGGACGUGGUGAUAUCGAGUUUGGGUUCGGGGGGUCGGAAACACUCCGCCAACCCAGCGUUAGCCACGUGAGCACCAAAACCGUCAGCUGUACCAAGACCACCAAGAGGGUGAUUGUUCACACAAAGGAUGGGCCAGUGGAAAAGGUGGAGGAAGUAGGCGGUGGACCCGAAUGUGAGGGGCUCAGUGGUUUUACAAAGGGUGGAAUGAGCUCCUUGUUCCCAACACUCACCAGCACAUCCUCCUCCUCCUUUUCAUCAUUUCAUUCUGGUGGAGCCAAGGGAAGCGUCUUGGUAGAUUCUAAAUCCAGGUUGGAUCCGUUCGGAGCUGACUUCGGUGCUUUUAUGACCGACAACGCUGAGGACGACAUUCCUGAUUUCCAAGCUCGGACUGUGAAGAGUACUCCUGUCGAAAGGCAACAGGAGUUUGUAGGAAAAGAUUGCGUUGACGCCCACCAGAAGCACCUGAAAGGGGAAACAAACGGGCUUUUUAAGAUCAAACCCACUGGCUCCGGCUCUAUGGCAGCCGUGGAAGUUUACUGCCAGCAGGAGGGGAUAAUGGGUGGGUGGUUGUUAGUCCAGCAGAGAGAAACUAGCACCGUCAGCUUCAACCGCACCUGGGCCGAGUACCGCGACGGGUUCGGCUCGGUGGAUGCUAAGGGGAAGGGGGAGUUCUGGCUGGGCAACCAGAACCUCCACCUGCUGACAAACCAGGGUGAGACCAUGCUGAAGGUUGAGCUGGAGGACUGGGAGGGGGGUGUAGCUGCUGCUGAGUACACAGUUAGGGUGGGCACUGAGGAGGAGGGUUUCCCCCUGCAGGUAUCUGGGUACACUGGAGACGCCGGGGACGCUCUGGAGUCCCACAGCGGUGUGAAAUUCAGCACCUUUGACAAAGACAACGAUGGGUGGGAGGAGAACUGUGCGGAGGCGUAUGGGGGUGGCUGGUGGUACCACAGCUGCCAGUCGGCGAACCUAAACGGGAUUUAUUACAAAGGUUCAUAUGACCCACAAACAAACGCACCUUAUAAAACAGCGAACGGGGUGGUGUGGCCGACGUUUAAACCGGCCACUUACAGCCUGAAGGCCGCACGGAUUUUCAUCCGACCGGCUGCUUUCUGAUCCAAAUAGUAAACGUGUCACGAAUUCAACACCCAGAGGUCUGCCCAUUUAUUGAAUAAAGAGGAAAAUGAGGACAUGGCUGAAGGUUAACCUCUUGUUGGGAUUUCAACACAAUGUCAAACAAUGUGAUGUACUCUAUCGACCUGUUUGUUGGCUUUAACUGUCCAAUGUUCUCAAUGUGACCCAAUGUUCUGCAUGUUCUUUACCUCUGUAAGGAUCAAUGAAUGAACUCUGCUCAAUAAAUAACCAUGCAGUGUCCACUUCA